AUUUAAAAGAAAUUUUAAACAUCAUCAAUAUCGAAACCACUAUUGAUUUGGCUGUUGAGAGUGUGCUAGGAAUUUUCCUAUUAACAAACGUGAAUAAUUAUAUGUAUACAACGAUUUACGAUCGGCUUCAAAAUGAAUUCAAUGGAAUCUGACAAAUUACUUUUUACUUUGCAUCUUUGUUGUAUAUACCUUUCCUUUCUACCUGGAGGUAGUAUUGCAGGAACAGUUUCCACAGCGGGCUCUCUCACGGCCACCAUUGGAGGCUCUGUUGACUUCACCUGUACAUAUACACUAGACUCCGGUGAUACAGUCUAUCCAGGAUCUAUGUCAUGGCAAGUUAAAACAGGAACAGGACCAGAGGAUUUUUCCAAUAUAGCCAGUUUUUCUCCCCCUGGAUCGGGUGGUUCUAAUUCCUUUACACAGUUUGUCACAGAUUAUAAGAAUCGAUCUGAAUUAUUCAAUGUAACAGCAAAUGGAGGUAAUUCUUAUGUUGUUGUGAUGAGAGUAAAUGAGGUGAUGUGUUCAGACGAGAAACACUACAGAUGUUCUGUUUUAUUUAUUAAUUCUGGAUCAGGUCCUACAACUAAAACAAAAGAAACUUCUCUCACAACUAGAGCCCCUGCUGAGCAACCUUAUGACAUUCCAGUCCCUGUACCAGACAAUAUAGAAGAGAACAUGGAAGUGACUUUGUCCUGUACAGCCAAUGUUGGUAAACCUACAGGACAAAUCAGGUGGUGGCGCUACAGGAAUGGUAUAACAGCUCCACAGGAAAUGACAGGAGUGUCUACUAGCACCCCACCGGUUCAGGAAGGUUUGUGUGUCUACAACGUGACCUGCACGGUAACAUACAGGAUGACGAAGGAUGAUGACCAGUCGGUGUGGAGAUGUUUUGUGGACAAUGAAUUGUUGACAAUGCCAGACCGAGACAAACCUAACCAAGAAUCUAAAAGGGUUAAUGUAUUCUUUAAGGUCAAUGUUCCCAUCAUAAAGAAGCUACCACAUACUGGCGCUGACUCUCAGUAUUCUGUUGGCUCCUCUGCUACCUUGACCUGUCAAGCUGAUGGUAAUCCAACUCCUGGGAUCCACACAAAUAAGAUUGUUAACAGGUAUCUAUGGACAUUCAAGACCAGUCCCAAUGACAAUGCUACAGAACUAUCAUCCGUUAAUGGAACAUUGACUCUGACAAAUCUUCGGGAAACAAAUACAGGGACUUAUACUUGUACUGCAUUCAAUGGAUUCAAUGGAAAAUAUUUCAAUGCAUCUAGAGACCAAAUUUUACAAAUUGUGAAAACUACAACUACCACUACCCCAAGUACUACGCCUAUUAUCGAUACGAUUGGAUCUUCUGAAACAUUCACAACACAGGAACGAAGCGGAUUUCAUACACCUCAAUCAAAAUUGGAAAUUAUUGUUGGCGGGACAAUUGGAGGAGUUGUUUUAAUUGUACUUGUUGCCCUUUUAAUCUUUAAUAGAAGAUACCAAAUUUUAUGUGUUGAAAGAAAACAAAAUUCAAGAGCUCAAUAUGAAGAGGUGACACAGAUUCGUCGAGAUCAGGAAAACGGAUACGACGUUAUUAGACCGUCAAUGAGUAAGGACAUUCUGUAA